GGGUCGUCGUCGGAGCGCUAGCGGCGCGGAGUCAGUAUAGGCAUACCGCCCGGGCGGGUGCCACACGACCGGAGUCUGCGCACGCGCCGCGUUCAAAAUAAUUUCAGUGAAAUAAACACGCAUUCGCCAACGCCGUACCAUGCGAGCGCACGAUUCUGAGAAAUAAAUACGAGAAAAGUGAACGAGUCUCGAGUGCAGAGCACGAUCAAACGACAGACGGCGCACGACGAGAGAGCGAUUGGGUUCAAAGAGCCUCUACGACGAAACGAUUCGAGACUGGCGCUGAAGGAGCUUGAUUCCUAAGCCCCUCGAAAAACUGUAAAUCGCUCGGUGGCUGUCAGGCACUAUAAAAAAUCCUGCACUGCUCUUGUACAAUAUUCGUAUUAAAAAAAAAACGAAAACUUCGAAAAAUUACGCCCUCUAUCAGUGGCCACGACAGAAGGGUUUUGUACAUAAUAACAUUUUAUAUAUGCAUAUAUAAAUUGGUGAAGAGAGAUCUCUUGUGACGUCACAAUAAAUAUUGUGAUUAUUAUUUAAUAACUAUUUUAAAUAGCUUUGUUUACACGCAUUUUAAGUAUAUUGCCCGUUUUAUAUAAGUUUUAUAUUUAUUUAAAUAAUUACGUACAUAUUUCAAAGGUGUACAUAUAAAUUUGAAAGAAAAUUUGUAAAUUUAGGUAACUUUAAUACUAGUCAUUCAUCUAGUGUAUUUAUUUUGUUAAUACAGACUUAUUUAAAAUUAAUAACUUUCAUUGCAAAAAGAACGUAAAUUGCCAGAGCGCACUAAUUACCAAAGAGUAAUUUUAUCGUGAUAACAUAUAUCUGGCUGAAAAAGAAUAAAUAAUUUUCAAAUUAAAAAUAACUAAAUAUCAAUAUCCGGUGCAAGAAUAGACAAUUUGGUCAUCCAUAAGCUCACCAUAAACAAAAAGAAGUUAGAGAGGGAACUGUAUCGAUACAUCGCUAUCAAGAUGCAGACUCAAAUGGGAGUUGGUAACGAAAUACAAAGGAGCUACAGAAUGCAGGACUUCGCAUCGCCUGGCGUCAUCAUGCGGGAACGCAGUUUCAUUCGGCCGCAGUCGCACCUCAAUAUGCACCAUCAUAACCAGUUUCCAAACAAUGGGAAACGGCGGAGUAUGAUUCUUACCAACGCUAAAGGAAAGCCCACGCUGGAGAUAUAUAGACCCCCAGAAGGCGUGUCGGCGACCACAGCGACCGCGACGACCACUGCGGCCGGGAAUACCACUGCGUCAAACAAGCUGAAUGUACACGCCAAGGAGUUCACUAUGGCCAAGCCAGUCGAUCUUCAUAAUAGGUCGGCGAUGGGUCUCGGGUACGCCAGUGUUGGCCUCCAACACUCGCGCUCGGCCGUGCUGCACGCCCAAGUACCGCCGCACUACCGGCCCGUGCUGCCUUCCACCGCUGUGCUCAGCUCGUGCGAGCCUGCACAGCAUGCGGGGCCCCGCGUGCAUUUCAAACUACAGCCGCAGAACAUGCCAGAGAAGAAGAAAUCCCCUCCCUCUUCUCUGACCAAUGGCAACGGGAAGAGCAUUCGCCCGCAGGCUUUCACUCCUGGGUUGAAGCGGUCCAAGUCUUUGACCUCGGCGGACACAUUGGCCAGUGGCAUGGCAGCGUUGGGCCUGGCGGCAGAUGCUGGCGAUUUGGGCAACUUCCCGCCUGAUAUACAGGAGUGUAUCGAUAAAGCGCUUGAAGACCCGAACGCAGUAUGCGCGCGGACGCUGAUGGACGCAGUGGGCCACCUGGUUUCCCGCGCGGUGGAGUCCCCCCGCUACGCUCUGCCAGCGGCGAGGCGCUGUAUCGCUGUGGUGGAGCGCGAGCAGACUGAGACCUUCCUGGAGUCUCUGCUGAACACUUGUCAGCAGUGGUACCAUGACCGGGAGAAGUUGCUGGGCGCGCUAGUGGGCGGCGGUCGGCCGCGCCUGAUGGCGUUCCUGUCGUUCCUGCUGGAGAUGUACUGCCAGCUGCGGCGCCGCGCCAUCCAGCGCCGCAGCGCCUCGGCGCAGCCCGGACAGGUGCUGCUCACGCUCAUCUGCAAGUGCUGCGAGGACUGCAUCCGGCAGCCCGUGCCUUCUGCCAGCGAUACGGAGAACCUGUUCUUCGUGCUGACGUACAUCGGACGCGACCUGGAGUCGCAGCUGCCGGGCGAGCUGGAGCGGCUGCUGGCGGCAGUGCGGGACGCGUUCCUGAACACGAGCGCGGCGCCGUGCAUCCGCCGCACGCUGCUGCAGCUCAUCGAGCUCCACGCCUCGCGCUGGCAGCUGCCUGGCUGCGCCGUGCUCUAUUACUACCCUUCCUCUAAGUAAUAUAUAUACCUUUCAUUGGGCGACUUCACUCUUCAACGAUUGUUACGGUUGAAGCGAAUCUGAGAUGUUCUCUUUAAAGGCGGAUGUUUGGGAAUGUUGACAGAUUAUCCUAUUGUGUUGAAUUGUGUUCCUCUUGUUCGACUCAAUGAAUCUAAAAUUGGGUAAAUAUUAACUUUUAGUAUGCAGUGCACAUAACUUUUAGUGAUCUAUUCGUGGACCCCAUAUAUUUUAAAUCGUGCUUUGAGUAAUUUCUGUCAACAAGAGUAGCAGUAAUAGGUAUACUUGGUCAUCCUAAAAGGUGAGAUUUGGAAGUAACUUAGGCGUUUAAAAUAUUAAAAAAAUGUUUUUAAUGCUUCUAGUAUUCCUUACGGUAUGUAUAGAAACCUAGAAACCAGAUGUUAAUACUAAUUCACCUAAUUAUCGUGGUAGAGUAUGGUAUGCUAAGUAUUGCAGCAUCAUUUGUGAUGUCAUCUAGAUAUACUAAUAUUCAUAAAAUAUGAAGAAUAUGCUUUUUUACACUAUUAUAUUAUAUUACAGCAAUAGCAUGCUUUUGAUAAGCCCAACACUAUUUUAGUUUUGGAGAUUUAUGCAUAUAAGUGAGUUUAGGAAUCUUAUGUUGAUAUUCACUGAUUAUUGUAUUUGGUUGAAACCGCAAAUGAAGUCUAUAUUGAUAAUAUUAGGAAGCUGUGAGGAAGGGUAGAUAAUAUUGUGUUAGGUAGGUAAACAGUAAGUUAGAAUUACUAUACAAAGGUUGCAAGCAUUUCUUAUGUUUUCGUUUCGUUUGAUAAACUAUGAUUAAACUUCAUAGUAUCGCGUUAGAUGUACAGAGGUCAUUAUAAUUGUCCUUAAACAUUAUAGGCAUAAAGCUGCCAUAAGCUCAUUUAAUUGUGCCUUGGAUGAUUUUUAUUAGAGUAGAUUUAAUUUCAUAAUUUUCAAGUUUUCAAAUUUAGGUCUGUCAAAAGACUUUUUUGUAUAAACUUGAAAAAAUGAAAUGAUCAGUAAAUUAAGGUAUUUGAAAUUAGCUUAAGGUGGAUUAAGUGGAAGCGAGAUAUGCCUUAAAAGUAUUAAAAAUGUACGUGUAUCAUAUGUAGUUAGGACAAAUUAUCGAUGUACAUUACUGUACGAGCUUCGCAUAGUAUUUCGUGCAUUGUAUCCUUUGUCAAAUUAUCUAACUUUAUUUUGCCAUCUCUAGUAACUCCUAAUGUUAGCUCGUGGUAUUUGCUAGCAAUGCCUCGUACUAUUUUUGGUUUAUCAACGCACCAUUAUAUAGUUAAUGUUAUUGCACUCUGAUAUUGAUAUUAAGCAAAUUAUUUAUUUUACCAGAUAGACUAUUAAUUUUAUCAUAUAGUUUUGGACUAUUGCAAUAUUUUGUUAUUGACUGAAGCUGCUUCUGAAAUGAAUGUUUCGAUUAUAAUGCUUGUGAUAUUAUAAAUUUAAGUAAUUAAUGUAUCUUCUGAUAUCUUCUUCUCUGUCCUAACCAAAGACUGUACCUACUGAUGCGGAGAUUUCAAUUUAAAUUAUUAACAAAGAAAAUAAUAUUCACUUGUUGGAGCUGGACCAAAUGUCUUGUAUUAUUUCAAACUCUUUUUUCUAGAGAUUGAAAUGUAUAUUUCUCAGUUAAUAUUUUAAGUUCAUUUAGUAAUAGACUGUUGUGUGAUCAAUAUAUCAUAUUAAAAGCUUAAUUAUAUAAAUGUUAGUUAAAUAUUGUGGAGAAAGUUAAAAGACCAUGAACUUUUCGUUAUUAUGCAUUCGUAGUGUAAGGUAAUGGUAUGUUUUUAGAAAAAUGUCAACAAAAUAAAAAAAAAAUGGUGCUAACAAAAUAUUGGUGUAUUGUAUAUUAUUUAAUCGGAUACGGGCAAUAACUUAGUCUCGUUUCUGCUAUUAUUUUGUACCUACGUAAACCAAUAAAAUUAUAUAACUCGAAA